AUGCUUCCUCACACCCCAGAAGAAAGAAGCCAGAAGCUGCGCACUUCUCGAAAGCAGUCGUUGGCUUGUAUCACAAGCGAUGCAUCUCGUUCCUCGAAUUCCACGACCAAGAUCAAAGCAAAACGGAAGACCCCGAGUGCUCACAGUCAAGCUGGGACUGGGAUUUCCCCCCAAGAUUCGGUUCCACUGGGAGGCACGACCACCACCGCCGCUAACUCGGCAGCAGUCGCUAGCACGAGCGAGCCUGCGAAAAGCAAGCGAAGGUUAUCGUUCCUCGCUGACGAGCAGCGGAAAGUGUCUGACGACGCUGCACAUCGUGACCGUUCCACUAACGGUGGUCCGCCCGAGUCCACUGUCUCCGCGUCGGCGGCACCGUCUUUUUCGAAAGACGCCGCGACGACCGAUGACCCGCCACCAGGGUUGCCAGCCUUCCAAGGUGGUCGCCAUUUGCUUGCACAUGAGCUCGACACGUCGCAGCCGGCGUCUUCAUCGCAGCCCGCCGCCGACGCCGGGAGUACUUCUCGCACUUCGUGUCGAACUUCGAUCAAGGAACACGAAGUGAACUCUUCGCAGCUACCUUCUGCACAGUCCGCGGGAUCUGCAGUGCGCAGAGCCAGUGACCUGAACGACGCGCAUCUGGCGGGGUGCCGCCUGAAUUCGGCCGACAUCCACAGCAAGAAGGCCACGUCUGUCAUCGCGCCUUCAAAGAGUAGCCCAGGUGCCACCGUCAAGCUGGUCGCUCCUGACGCAGCGGAGCCCGACCAGUAUUCGAAACCGGGUGACUUGCGAAAGUUGUCGGGGCCACGUGGUCCGAGGCUUCAGCGCCGAGAGUCCCUCGCGUCUUUCCUCCACCGGCUCAAAGGCUUCGGCAAAGAACACGGCGGAGAACAGCAGGCCAGGUGGUUUUCGUCCAAAGGCUUCGAAUGCGACGCAAGGCGUGUUCCUGAGCUCGUAAUCACAGUAGCAGGAGUGCCGAUAACCAAACGACAAGUCGUCGUCAUCAUCGUCUUCGUAUUUUUCAUCACAGUCGCAUUAAUUACCGUUCUGAUCACGUUCAUGCGAGACAAGCGGUCUGCCCCUACCCAACCACUGUGCGAGACUGAAGACUGUUUGCGUCACAGCUAUCGUAUUUUCGGCAGAUUGAACCGCAGUCUCGAUCCGUGUGAGAACUUCAGCGCCUACGUUUGUUCCGCGUGGUCGCCUCCCCAGGGCUACCUCGAACACUCUAACUCGGCUAUGGAUGACGUACGCAAGUCGUGGUUCCCAAAGUUCAAUGACGUGCUACGUCAAGGGUCGAAGAUAAUUCGGGCCGGUCUCAAGCCACUAGCCAUGUACUCGUCUUGUAUGGGCGACCGCUUAGAGUACGGCUCUAACGUGGAGAUAUUCUGGAACUUCUUCAAGGAAUGCAGGCUCACUUGGCCCGAGGAAUCGGAGCCAGGUGGCGCCUCUGCUCUCGAAGUACUAAUGACGCUGGCAUUCAAGUGGCAGGUCCCGCUCUUCUUUCAAGUGAGGGCACAGCGAUUGGAGUCUGCACCAAACUGGCGCUUCACCAUGGAUCCUGGUUCCCUGAUACCCCUGAUGUACCAACACCAUCUCACGGUUAAGAAUUCGGGAGGAUACGACAAGUACUGGGCCACGUUCUACUUUAUCUUGAGCGGCAAGCACGAUGAAUCUGUAGUAAACAAGACUGUCAUAGAGUCAGCACUAGCCAUGGAAGGUGAUGUCUAUAGGAGACUCCUGACAAACAUGCGGCCUGCCGUCGUGCAUCCAGUGCUUGCUACGAUCGCCGGUAUGGGAGCGUACACUCCGUCUAUCGACUCCCAGCAUUGGCUGCAUGCCUUCAGGCAGUCCAAGCUCGAGCCUGAGGUGGAACAUAGUGACCAGGUGCUUUUAGGCGACGCGGGUUUUUUCCGGACGUUGGCCGGCGUGAUGGCAUCGUACAAGGAGCCUGAACUGCUGUCUCUGAUAGCCUGGUCCUUCGUGCAGCUGUUUUCUCCCGCGGUGGACUACAGGCUCCUGGAGAACCGCUACGACCAGGGCGUCACGAUAUAUCGGCCGUACUUCUGCGAGCGCUUCGUCGAGACCGCUUACCGCUUCCUGGUGAUAGCGCUCGCCUCUGUAUCACUCUUCUCGCGGGAGGAGCGUGCAAUCGUCAGCGCCCGUUUCGACAGCCUCGUCUCGGCCGCCGUCGACUUGGUGAACGCUUCGCAGUGGCUGGACGCCGAGAGCCGGCAGCUCGCAGCCGAGAAGCUGUCAUCCACGCACCUGAAGUUGUGGCCCCCAGCGAAGUACCUGGAGAGCGAUGCGCUCGAGAGGAUGUACCAAGUUUUCCCAGCGCCGAGUCGUCGUUCGCGGAGUACUGGGUCAAGUCUAGCCGUGGCGCCGCUGGCACAUACCGUCUGCGCCCCGGCAUCGACGUCUUGAGCUAUACAGUAAACUAUGCGUUACCGUAUCUCAUCUACGAUGCGGCAAAUAACUCCGUGAAGGUGGCGGUGGGCGCUGUCACCAAGCCUCUUUACUACGCUGGCGGGACAAAGGCCAUGUCGUACGGCGGACUGGGUUUUUCUAUGGCACUGCAACUGGUCGCGUCCUUGGACAGCCAAGGGCUCAGAUGGCAUCCCAACGGCACGUUCGGUGACUCGUUUCUGUCGAACGCUUCGGCGAAGGCUUUCGAAGAACGGAAUGGCUGCCUGGACACGACGCAGAGGAAUGUCGGCGGAAACACCAAGAACAACCAGAGCGCUACCGGAAAAAUAAUCAGCGUCUUCCCGGAGAUCCCCGCUGUCGAGGUUGCCUAUGCGGCUUACCGCCACUCUCUGGAUGAUGGUGCCGAGAAAGUUCCGCGGGUCAUUCCUGGUGGUCUCUCGGGCGACCAAGUGUUCUUCAUGACCUUGUGCUACAUGACGUGCACGUUACCCGGAGCCGUUGGUCCACACACCGUGGACUGCAACAAGGCCGUGCGCAGUUCGGAGGCCUUUUCUCGGGCAUUCCGCUGCCCCCUGGGUUCCCCGAUGAACCCAAGGAGGCGGUGCACCUUUUUCACUUGAAUUGCGGACGUGUGCGUGAGUGAAGGGGCUGGGCGGUCGCGCCCUACUCGUGUGCACAGGGUUAAACGCGUCGUGCGUGAAAACAAGGAAGAUUGGACGCAGUUAGGGCUUUUUGCAUGCCCGAGAUGUUCUUGUCAAAGGCAACAAUUACCUUGUCAGUUUUUAGAGACCAUUAAUUUGUCGUCGCAGGGACACACUAGUACUUGGCUUGGAGCGUUUUGCUGGCGUUCAAGCUAUUGUG